CUAAGUCAAGCCUGAGAGAGUUAAAGCAUUUCUUUUUUCCCUCUCUUUAACACAUUUCCUCAAAUUUCUCCAUUGAAACUUCAACGAAUUGUCGAUUCUAGCAAAUAAUUGGUCAUCCUGCGCCAGCCAACGUUUACUUUUGUAAAGAGAAAACAACAUAAUAAGAAAAUUUUGAUGCCAUCAUUUCUAUACUGUUAAUCAGAAAAAGGAAAUUUUCUUGCUUUUUACAUUAACUUUAAUAACUACAACAAAGCUGUAAAUCUGCAGUUAUGGCUGAGAAUCUUAAUCCGACAAAGUUGGAAUACUAUGAAGAAAUGUGGAAGCUUCAAUCUAAUGCAACUCUCCUCUCUUCAUUCCAGGGUGAGGAUGGUAAACAAGUGUUAAUAUUGGACUCCACCAUUUUUCAUCCACAAGGCGGUGGCCAACCUGCAGAUACUGGUUUCAUUUUCAAUUCUGACUUCAAGUUUUCUGUUCAAGGCGUUCGAUCGAAGGACAAAAUAGUGUACCAUUAUGGUUUCUUCGAGAACUCUGAAAAUGCGGUGUUGGAAUCGAAAAUUGAAAAAGGAGCUGAAGUGUUAUUGCAGGUUGAUGGAGAAAGGCGAAAGCUCAAUUCCAGGUUACAUUCAGCUGGGCAUCUUCUGGAUGCAUGCACAGCAAUUGUGGGAUUAGGUCAUUUAGCGCCUGGCAAAGGUUACCACUUCCCUGCUGGGCCGUAUGUGGAAUAUAAAGGAACAGUUCCACAGAACGAAUUGCAGAGUAAGCAGCAGCAAUUAGAGCUAGAAGCUAACAACUUGAUUGCCAAGGGUGGGAAAGUUUUUGCUUCAGUUUUACCAUACAAUGAAGCUGCUGCGCUGUGCGAUGGCUGCCUCCCUGACUACAUCCCCAAGGGAAGCAAUCCUCGAAUUAUUAAGUUAGGAGAACAGCCUGGAUGUCCCUGUGGCGGCACACAUGUUUCUGACAUUUCAGAAAUAUUGGGCGUGAAGGUUUCUCAAAUUCGAGUGAAGAAGGGGAUGACUAAAGUUUUCUACAAUGUUGAGCCCUAGGAAACGUUGGUGGCCUACCAGUAGCUUUUGGAAUCUGAAGGUGACAUUGGUUAUUCAGAAGAUAAAUAUUGAAUAAUCAGGGAUGGCAUCAUUAUAAGUUCAGCUUAAGUGAGCAUUUUGCAAUGUCAGUAUUAACUGGGGGUAUUUAUUUGCUUGAUUAUAUUCAAGAACAGUUACGCUUGAACCAACUUGCUGGUCGGCAAUGUGCCUGGUCAAAUAAUACCACGACGUGCUUCAUUUCUCUUUUGCUUGUUCUUCUGCUUCUGCUUCAAAGUUUGCUGCUUUUUGGGGCAUAUACUGCCAAUGGGGGUUUUGGAGCCACUUUGAAAGGUAGCUUUUUUGUCUACUUUAUUCAAUAAGCACAUCAAUCACCUUCCGAUGGAGCUUGAAAUGAAUGAACUGGGGUCUUCAAGGUACUAUGCAUGAUAGCCAUAAGACAGCUAUUCCAGUGGUUUUAAUUACCAUUCAUCCUGCUGAGGCUUACAGAUUUGUCCAUAUACUAACCUAUGGACCCUGAAACCAUCUAAAUUGAGGCUCUGGGCUCCUUCACUGUCCUCAUCUGUGUCCCUACCAUAUAUCGGCGAUGUAAAUUGGCUGCUACUCCCCUCCGCUACAAAAACUUGUUGUUUACAUGAAAUGAAAUGGAUAUUUUGUGGAUGGAAAAUUAGGAUAAUCUGAAAGGUCCACACCGAAAUUUUCUUCCAGAUAAGCAAGCAGUCCUCAGUGCCUCCAAUCUCACUUUUUGUUCUCUCUGUUUUUGUUUCAUGAUAUCGAAAAUAUAAGCAGCCAUAUUUGUU